UUCGCCUCAGGAGCGGCGGGGCGAGCGGGAGGCGCGAUGGAGGCCAGCGGCAAAGGCGCCUUCGUCCUCGGCAACCUGGCCGAGGUGGUGGAGCGCGUCCUCGGCUUCUUGCCCACCAAGGCGCUGCUGCGCGCCGCCUGCGUGUGUCGGCUGUGGAGGGAGUGCGCCCGACGGACCCUGCGGGCGCGGCAGCGCGUCGCUUGGGUGUCGGCGCUGGAGGCGGGCCCCGCCGAGACCCACGCGCUGGUGCGGGCGCUGGCCCGAGAGCUGGAGCAAGUGCACGUGCUGCCACAGACCGUCCUCUACAUAGCUGAUGCGGAGACCUUCAGCGGGCAUGAGGAGAGCCACGAGCAGAAGAAAGCCAGGAAAAGGAACAGUAAAGAAACAGCAAUGGCACUCGAAAAAUUGUUGCCGAAGCGAUGUCAGGUUCUUGGACUGGUUACUCCAGGGAUUGUAGUUACACCUAUGGGUUCGAGCAGCAAUCAGCCUCAAGAAAUUGAAGAGGGUGAAGCUGGGUUUGCUCUGUUGUUUCCCAAAAUCGAUGGGGUGAAAAUCCAUACCUUCCAUUUUUCUAAAGAUGUGAAGAAUAGGGUCUUUGAUGAAAGUAAAUUUGCUGAAGCGGGUCUGAAGAAUAACCCAGACCUCCGGGUGGUUCUUCUGUUUGGCUACAACUCCUGGAAGUCUGGAGCUACUCGAUUUCUUCAUCAAAUAGUCAAUCCUUUGAAUGAGAAAAGUAUCAUCCUGGCUGGGGGACAAGUGGAGAGCUUUACAUCACUGACCUCUGAGAAUAGCAGUGCCCAGCCUGGUGAUGCCUGCGGUGUGGUUGGGCUGGCUUUUAGCGGCCCCCAGAUCCAAAGUGCCACAGUGUUGUUGGACCAGGAUGUAGCUGAUGAGAGGACAGCAGAAGCCGCCAUGCAGCGCCUCAAAGCAGCAAACAUCCCCGAGCAUAACACCAUUGGCUUCAUGUUUGCCUGUGUUGGCAGAGGAUAUCGGCAUUAUAAAACCAAAAGGAACAUGGAAGCAGAUGCAUUUCGGAAGUUUUUUCCAAAUGUUCCCCUCUUUGGCUUUUUUGGACACGGGGAGAUAGGAUGUGAUCGAAUAGUUACUGGGAAUUUCGUAUUAAGAGAAUGUAAUGACAUAAAGGAUGACCUGCUUCAUGGCUACACUACUGUUAUGACUCUUAUUCAUCUUGGUUCAACUAAAGCAAACCAAGUGUAAAUAUGUUCGGUGCUUCAGUGAGCUGUUUGUUUCAUUCCAGAAAGCUGAAAUGGCUGGAAGAGUGGACAUCUUGCAAUCAAAGCCCCUUCCAAAGCAUAAACAUCAUUUUGGUAAUCUCAUCAAAUCUUGUAGAUGGAGUAGCAUUUAAUAUAAUAGCUGCGAGAAAGCUUCAUGUUUUUGUGUAAUUCCUUGAACACAUCAGAACUGCAGGUAAAUGAUAUUUAUGGAGUUCUGCAAUUGAAGAAAGCCUCUCUCUUUGAAAAUGAGAAUGGUUUGCACAAAUGGCAGUUGAAAUCCAAAUAGCAACACGUAGAAAGAAACAGUGCUUUGCCAUGCUCUGGUUAUGUUUGUAAAAAAGUCAAGCAAAACUACUGAUGCACACUGAUAUACUGAUGGAUAAACCCCACCAUUUCCUGGCGUAAUUUCAGGAGAGAUGCACAGCCUGCCCGAUGUGAGUCCUGUUUACAGAGCUGAGUGGUUUUACUAGAUAAAACAAAUAAAUAUCUUUAGAGAAAAAUAACAAAGUGCUCAUUAAAUAAAGAUGAAAAUAUGUAAACAUACCUUGCCUUCUAUUCUUAGAGAGAGGUGUUGUCCAGUUAUAAGGACUUGUCUCACCAUCUCAGAUAUCUGGUUUGGAAUCAUACGUGAUAGUCGUGUGUACCAGCAGUUUCAUUUGUUGUGUUUUUUAAGUUUACACAAUCAAAACACACUGGUUGCCUUUUCUUUUAGAGUCUCUUAUAGCAUGACGCUCUCUAUUACCAACUUUUAAGUCCAGAACACUAAGCAUUAACACUAUCUGGUAUCUUUAGGUUCCUUUAGAAAAUGUUUUUAAAUUGGAAUAGUCCCUGCAAGAUCUGACUGUGUGUUAUUUACCUAGGGCCUUUAAGCAAGGCUUGUUCUUUUUUCCCAGACACUUCCAUGAGUCAUUGUUUCGGUCGGUGCAGCAGAAAGGCAGUAUUGCAAAGUUCGGGUACCUUCAGCAUAGUCUCAGUGCAGCUAAUAAUAUAUUUGCUCCCUUUAAAAUUCUUUUGUCACUUUUAUUUUUCACUUAGUAAUAGAAUGACAAGAAAAUAAGAUUAAUAUUAAUAUUGUACCAUUUCACCACACUUCUCAAUGCCAGUCCAGCAGCUGGCAAGUUUUCGGUGUAGUGAAAAGAAAAUACUUAACUGUCUGCUGUAGAACAAAAUAAGGAUCUCUUGCUUUAAAUGUACCAAUUGGGACUACAGUUGUCGACUUUUUGCCCAUGUCUAGUUAAACUUUAUCUUGAGCUGGGCCUCAGGAGCUAAGGGAGAGGUAUCUCUGCCCUGAGAGUGAACUGUGGGUCUCAGUGGGUGCUGAGCAGAUGGCGCUUUCCCAGGGCUGUGUUGAUGAUGGGCUUUUUAAUUGGAAGACAGAGGAUGAGCUGUAACCUCCCAGUGGGCGCCUAGGGACAGGAGAUUAGGAAGUGUAGUUGUGAUUUGGAAUGUUUAGUUACCACAUUUAGGAGGACAGGUGUUUGGAACUGCUGUAUGCUUGAAUUUUAAAAGAAGCCUGUCAGUGGGAGGUGGAUAUCUUUUCUCUUUGGUGUAACUGGCAUGUCAUGCUUGGCCCUCUCUGCCUGCAGAAGCCGUGUUCAACAGGAGGCAAAGAAGAUGUUUCAGCUCUGUAACACCGAGGGGGUCCCUGUAGCUGUUGGCGUGAGCCAGGGCUGGUCAGCAUCGCUGCUAGUGUAGAAGCAGAUGAAGUGUGAUCAACCAGGCAUCCUGAACUGCAGUGCAGACAUGUCCAGAAGUGUCCGAGGAGGCAGAUGGUGAGCUCCAGUGAGGGUGCAGCAGAGUGUGGUCGGAAGGAGCUCAGCAAGGACCUGUUGCUGCAGAUACUUCAGAGGUACACAUAGUACAGAACAGAUGGUGGGGUGGGAACCCAGGAGCCUGCACCAGAGCCUAGGAUCAUUUCUCCAACCUCAGGGAGUGGGGAUGAGCCAUGGGAACCCCAUAACUCUGCGCUGCAUGGCUGGAACCAGUGCACUGUCUCUCCCAGAGUGUGUCAUGUCUUCCAAGGGACAGGGAGGUGGUGUAGUUGGUAAAAUUGCAACAUCCGUGAUUGAAGUGUUCUGCUAUCCAAAUUAAUUUGGCCUCCAUGCUGUCAGUUGCUCUUCAACCAGG